AUGAAGAAUCGCUCCAAGAACCUAGAUGUCGUAAGUUUGGAUAAGUUUAAGGUUUCAUACGCUUACAACAUACAAAGGGGUCAUGAAUAUUUUUAGAUUCACAGUGGCAUGGCCAUUUUGAGCGACGAAAAAGGCAGAGGUAAACCAGUACGAUUGGUACUGACAAAAGGUACUUUAAUACUUUGUUGUGCUGCUUAGAGAAACAACCUUCAUUUAAAGAGUAGUGUCAUACUUUAUACAUUACAUUAGUUUUUUUAUCAAAUCAUAAACAUAAAAUUAAAAAAUACUGUAGAACAACUACUGAUUCAAUCAAACCUCGGUGGGGGUGACGAUGCCUCAUCUGUCAGUGGAGUCACAUCUACCGUCGAGACUCCAGAAGCGACGUUAACAAAGAUGACAAGAACAGUAAAUGUACCAAAAACAAAUGAAGGACUUGGACUCUCAAUCAAGGUAAAAACAAACAAUCUAUUAAAUUAUCCAAUACUUGUAGUAAGAUUCACUAACACCCGAAAAAUUGAAGCAUCUAACCGAAUUUUUAGGGAGGAUCCAACGAGAAGAAUAGUGUCCCAAUUACAGUAUCGAAAGUCUUGCCCAACCUGCCAGCUGCCCAAACUGGCCAAGUAUUUGUCGGAGAUACGAUCAUUGAGGUUAAUGGUGUAAACGUGGAGACAAAAACACACGAAGAAGUCGUUCAGAUCCUAAGAGACGCUACUGGCCCUCAUAUCACGCUUACUUUGAAGCAUAACGAACAGCUGGCUCCGUUACUACGGUUAGAUUAACAUUUUUGGAGCCUCACAUAACAUAUAAUUUGAAAAUGUCUUUUGAGAUUUACAUUACAGUUUUACUAUAAUAAUUUUCGUUAUUUAGAUCUCCCUCUAAACGUUUGAGUGCCGGACCAAGCGAUUCCAUGGUAGAUGUGAACAUGUACAAGAUCCAGAGUGCUCUCAAAAGUACAACCGAGAAGAGUCAGGCUACAGUAAAAGACACAGACGAGCAAAAUGGGUGGAAGAACAUCCAAAAACUGGCACUCCCCAUGGCCAUAGUAUCCCGAUACCUAUGGGGAACUGACAAACUCAGAAAUAACGCUUUCGAAUUGAGAAGUGUGGAUGGAAAGUCGUCUGGAAUCAUACACUGUGAAGACCGUAAGGCUCUGCAACAAUGGAUCAAGAACAUCGAAAACCACAUUGAAGCUUUGAACAAAAAGUCUGUCAAGAUGAGCAACAAGUACCUACAUCCAUCUGAACAUGUAAGCUGCCAUUUUGGUCAGAUAUUGUACCUUUAGGACCAAUAAAAUAGCCUUAUCCGUUAUUUUAGAUAACGUAUAUUGGAUGGAUUGAGGAAAGAAUGGAGUCAGGCUUCUUCGAGGAUCCUAAACUCAGAUGGGCACAACGAUUCCUGAUAUUUAAAGGCACAGACUUGUGUAUCUUCGAAACACCUCCAGCAAGUUUCAAAUAUUAUUCGCUAUCACUAACCUUUAAACCAGCUCCAUAAAUUAGCUAACUUAUUACUCUAUUAUCAGUAUCGUAAUGCUCUACCAUUGUUUCAGUUGAAUUCAGAAGAACUUGACAAGUGUGUAUCUUUGUAUAAAAUCUACGAAACAGCUUUAAAGACAGCCAUAAAACAUAAAGAUCGCCGUGAAAGUGUGUUUAUCUUGGAAUCACACAACGGAACUCAACAUUACUUCUCGCUUCACAGUCCCCAUGAGCUACAACAACUGGAAUCCGCGUUCUACAAUAGUCUUUACAAAGCUGUCACAACUAUGCAGGUAAAUCUCGAACCACACAGUAAACAAUGACGGAUAUUCUUCCAACCAAGACUGCUUACUGUAACAUUUAAAAUUCACACACACAACCAAAAUUAAUUUAAAAAUUUCAGACAAGAACUUUCUCGUGUAGUUACGAAGGAAGGCCAGCCGGUUUUGUUUUGGACAUUAAGCAAGGCCUCAGCUUAUAUGAUAUACCAACGAAAGUAAGACAAGUUAUCCAAUAAUAAGCAAAAUUUAGAAAUACAUAUGGCAGUAUGGUUUUGAAUCUUUACAAUCGUCGUCAGACGAUGGCAAAGUCAACCUACAGUUAGUUCUAGGUUCUGCUGACUCUAACAGUAAAAUUGAAGUAAAAGUAAGUACCAUUAGUAACAUACCAUUCCUGAUUUGGAGCUUAAAAAUCAUAGUUUACUUCGAAAAGUUUCAUAAAACAAGUUUAUUGCAGGACAUCAUCAGCGACGAAGUCCUGUGUAUCGUAUAUACAAUGCAUUCCUUUUACGUGACAAAAGUAAUGGGUGGAGAUCCAGAGUUUUUGAAAGCCACACCUUUAAUUUAA